AUGAGCAGCUCGCAGUGGGAGAUGGACUCGCUGGGAGGAGGCUCGUCGCUCGGCCUGCACUCGGGCGGGCCGUCGGAGAACUCAGCCUCGCCGCUGAUGGGCGGCUACGAGCUGCCGCCCGAGUAUCCUUCGCUCUUUGCCCUUCCGGAACAUUCCGAGUCGGCACAGACCGAGUUUGGCUCGCUGAGCGAGUUGGUGGGCGAGGGAGCACACGCUGGGCCUGAGCCCUCGCCGAGCUCAUCGUCGUCGGGGCCAAGCUGGCACAUGAUGAUGUCUGCGACGGUAGUGGGCUCUGGAGCGGGCUCGGGCUCGCUGUCGUCUGAAGGCCUUGGCCUUGUGGUCCACCUGCAGACUGAUGACCGGAUGCGGUCGACAGCAUUCCGCGACACGACGCCGCACUCGAUUACGCCCUGCACUUCCGAGGCGGACCUAAGCCCAUCGAGCAAGUCGGACUUGAUGGCGAUGAGCGCAUCUGACACGCUCUCGCCGUCUGCGGUGGCGUCUGAGACGAGUGUGGCUGGAUUGGGCUCGACUUCACUCAACGUGUCGGGCACGCUCUCGGGAGCAAUGCUGCCGCUGGAAAACCUGCCGUCGUCUGCAGACGACCUGUGGCAGGAGCUUGAAGCGGCAUCAAGCAACUCGGACGGAUCGCACACGGCGCGGUCGACCGAGUCGUCCGACUCUGGGCUGGAAACGCUGUAUGGACUCAACUCGGAGCCGAUUUCCAGGGUCCUUGUAGUGUACACAGGCGGCACGAUUGGGUCGACCAAGACCGAGAACGGGUAUGCGCCAACGCCCAACUUUCUAGCCAAGUACUGCGCGUCGCUGCGGUCGUUCCACGAUCCCGGCUGGCCUGCGCUCACCAUGCCACUCUCACAGUACGGCAAACGUGUGCAGUACCAGAUCUGGGAGCAUGAUCCCAUCAUGGACUCGUCCAACAUGGACAUGGACGACUGGAUUUCGGUGGCGAUGGUGAUUGAGCACGCGUACGACGACUACGAUGGUUUUGUCAUUCUUCACGGGACCGACACGAUGGGCUACACGGCGUCUGCGCUCUCGUUCAUGCUAGAGAACCUGUCCAAGCCGGUCAUUCUCACCGGAGCGCAGCUCCCGAUCCUCAAGACGCGGACAGAUGCUCGCGACAACUUUCGAACGGCGCUCACCAUUGCUGGGCACUUCAACAUUCCUGAGGUCUGCAUCUACUUUCACAACUACCUCUACCGCGGCAACCGGUGUUCCAAGGUCGACGCCUCGGGCUUUCGGGCCUUUGACUCGCCAAAUCUCGAGCCGCUGGCGUCGGUCGGCAUUGGCAUUGAGAUUGAUUGGCCUGCGGUCCGGCCGCGGCCUCCGCCAACGAAAUCGCUGCUUGUGCGGCGGCACAUGUCGACGGCGAUUGGUGCGCUGCGGCUGUUUCCAGGCAUUCAGGUUGCGCUUGUAGAAGCGUUUCUGCAGCCACCGCUGCAGGGCCUCGUGCUGGAGACCUUUGGCUCGGGCAACGUGCCGACCGGACGGCCGGGCCUGCUUGCGGCCAUCAAGCGAGCGGUUGAUCGCGGGGUUGUCAUUGUCAACAUCACGCAGUGUUCACGCGGGACGGUGGCGGCCGAGUACGAGACAGGAGUGCUGCUUGCGCGGACAGGCGUCAUUUCCGGGCGCGACAUGACGUCCGAAGCUGCGCUGACCAAGCUCGCGGUUCUGCUCGGCCGAUACAACAUGGGCGAGAUCACGCUGGCGAGAGUGAAGGAAAUGAUGGGCCGCGACGUGGCUGGCGAGCUGACGCCACCGCCGGUGGUGGCGCCGGUGGCACCAGAGCAGUCAGAGCUGAAGAACCUGCUGCUGGAUGUGCUGCAGGACGAGUCGCUCUCGUCGUCGCUGCGGUCGGGAGUGGCGGCGCGGUUUAUGGUGACGUACGUGUGCGCGAUGGCGUCUGAAGGUGACGUGGCCUCCCUGUCCGAGCUUGUGCGGGCGGGAGUCUCCGUCGACACACCCGACUACUCGGGGCGGACGCCGCUGCAUGUGGCGGCGCUGGCGGGCCAGACCGAGUUUGCACACGUCCUGCUCACUCAGUACAACGUGUACCCGUCACCGCUUGACUACUCGCUCCACACGCCGCUCUACGACGCGCUUCUGGCCAAGCACUACGAGACCGCAGCCGUCAUCCGCGAUGCCGGAGGUCGUCUCCUCCACGACGUGGUGGCAGACGAGCUGGUGGCGGCCAUCCUAGACGACAACGUGGCCGGUCUCGAGCAGUGGCUGCUUGCCGGCCUCUCGCCGAAUGCAGCCGAUAACCAAGGGCGAUCGCUGCUCCAUCUCGCGGUGCUUUCUGAGAGCGCCGACAUGGUGAGCGCGCUCCUUCGGUUGGCGCGCGAGCGGUGCGAGGAGGAGCUCGAUGUCAACGCGGCCGACAAAGACGGGCGCACACCGCUGCUGCUGGCGGUCAAGGCGGUCAACUUGGGCGUCAUCGAUCAGCUGCGUGAAGAACAGGCAGGCCAUGGGCUCGACGAGGAGUCGCUGCGAAUGAUGAUCAUCAGCGUGCUGCAGGCCGGCGACUACGAGGCUUUCCACGCCUACGUCCGCGCCGACGCGGUGACGCCCACUCUCGCAGCUACCCUCCUCCAGCUCUUCCAGUACUCGCUGGCGACCGACAUUGCAGCGAUCCUGUCGGAGAUCAGUGAGUCUGCGGCCGCCUGAGGGUAAACUUAGGCAGACAACG